AAAAUGAUUUCAAAGUUAACUACAAUGAGUGCCUUCCUGGCAAUAAUUUCUCUGUCUGCGGCCUACCAAAUAUCGACCAGUGUUAUUGAUGGUGUGGCAGUAUCUCUGAAUAAACCCACAAAUCCAUUCGUCAAGAUCGGAGAAAGUUAUUACGUUGUUGAAAAUAAGCGUGAAUUAAACUGGUAUGAUGCCUUCGAGGCUUGUCGUCAAAUGAACGCUGACUUGGUCGCAUUUGAAGACUUGAAGGAACAGAAACUGGUAUCUCAAUACCUUGUUGGUAAGAACAUUAUACAAAAUUUUUGGACUGCUGGCACCGACUUGGCCAAGCAGGACUAUUUUGUUUGGUUUUCUACUGGUCAGCCCGUGGCCACGGAUUUGUGGAUUAAAGGGGAGCCAAAUAAUGCUGGAGGAAAUGAGCACUGCGUUGAAUUCCAAUCCAAUGUGGGAUUGGGACUGAAUGACAAACCCUGCACCGUCGCGAGGGGCUAUAUAUGCAAGGCACCGCAGCCGAAAACAGUUGCAUUUACCGUGUGGUAAACCACUUGAAAUUCUUUAAAUAAAAAUUGCAACUAUCCAAAAGAAACUCAUCGUUAAAGGAUAUUUUGUUCGUGCCCGAGAAAUCGAAGUUAUUAAAUACUUCUAAUAAGUUGCAGCUGAAUGGAGGGAAUUUUGGACAAAAAAGUUCAAAAUCUCUCUACAAAUAAGAAGAUUCCUUGGACACCAAUGACAUAAUCGAAUUUACUACUGUAUUAAAUAUACAGGUAUGCCAGAACUACUUAAAUGGUUGCUGAAAAUCCAAUUAAUUCCAAUUUCACUCCCU